AUGUUAUUUAAAUCAAUUGCUAGUAUUUCAAUGUUAAACAAUAAAACCAAUAUUAAAAAUAAUGAAAAUAUAGAAAAUAAUAAUCAAUGUGAUAAUAAAGUCAGUAAAUGGAAUCCAAGAUAUACUUUUACAAAAUUCAAUCUCUUUUCUCAAACCGCUGUAGUCUAA